AUGCAUUUAAUUUCAUUUUCUAUCUAUCUAUCUAUCUAUCUAUCUAUCUAUCUAUCUAUCUAUCUAUCUAUCUAUCUUAUUCUGUUGCCAUCUGUCUUAUUCUGUUGCUUUCUAUCAUGUUCUGUUUCUAUCUUUUUCUGUUGCUAUCUAUCUAUCUAUCUAUCUAUCUCUCUUAUUCUGUUGUUAUUUAUCUAUCUUAUUCUGUUGCUUUCUAUCAUAUUCUAUUUGUGUCUAUCUAGCUAUCUUAUUCUGUUGCUAUCUAUCUAUCUAUCUAUCUAUCUAUCUAUCUAUCUAUCUAUCUAUCUAUCUAACUUAUUCUGUUGCUAUCUGACUCUGUUGCUUUCUAUCAUAUUCUGUUUCUAUCUAUCUUAUUCUGUUGUUAUCUAUCUAUCUAUCUAUCUAUCUAUCUAUCUAUCUAUCUAUCUAUCUAUAUGUCUGUCUGUCUGUCUAUCUAUCGCAAUAGGUGCAAAACGGGCUGUGUUGAUUCGCAUUCCAACAUCCAUCUAUCUAUCUAUCUAUCUAUCUAUCUAUCUAUCUAUCUAUCUAUCUAUCUAUCUAUCUAUCUAUCUAGUUCUGUUUCUAGCUAUCUACCUCAGUGUGUUCAUUAUCUAUCUAUCUAUCUAUCUAUCUAUCUAUCUAUCUAUCUAUCUAUCUAUCUCAUUCUGUUUCUAUCUAUUUCAGUCUGUUCAUUAUCUAUCUAUCUAUCUAUCUAUCUAUCUAUCUAUCUAUCUAUCUAUCUAUCUAUCUAUCAGUUUUAAUGAUCUACUAAAGGAUAAUUCACUCGCUAAGUUCAUUUAUAACGCCAGACACCCCGGCAUUCGCUUACUCCACAGCCGCCGAGCAAGGCAGGCAGAUCCUUUCAGUCGCUCACACUAUCGAUAUCGACGCCUCCUUUCUGUUUUAUUUUACCCAACACUACGCAAUCAGUUAGUGAUUCUUUGUGUUAAAAAGACAUACGACUACUCUCUUUCUCUCUCGCUUAUUUUUUUUACUCCUUCUCUUUAUCCCACUCUCAUUAAAUCAUCCAUUUCAACCCUUAACCUCUUUCCCUUUUAUGUUUUCAUCUUACAUGAUUUGCAAUAUAUCUAUUUCUCAUUAUUUACAGGAUGUUUGUCCCUAUCUAUCUAUCUAUCUAUCUAUCUAUCUAUCUAUCUAUCUAUCUAUCUAGUUCUUCUGUUCAUUAUCUAUCUAUCUAUCUAUCUAUCUAUCUAUCUAUCUAUCUAUCUAUCUAUCUAUCUUCAGAUCCGUCACAAUGAAACCUUUCACCUCAAAAUAUUCUGGCGAUGUGUCCGCCUGCCUAUCUAUCUAUCUAUCUAUCUAUCUAUCUAUCUAUCUAUCUAUCUAUCCAUAUAUAUUUUAGUAUGUCCAUAUCUAUUUCGAAAAAAAAACAAACAAAUGUUUUAUUCUUGUAUUUAUUCUAUUUUACAUUUUGCUCACUUUCCUUCUCUCUUUCUCUUCUCAUUUUUCCUUCUCCCUUUCUCUUCUCACUUUUACUUCUCUCUUUCUCUUCUUUUAACUUAUGACGAUUUCAUUUGUUUCUCCCACUCUACCUACAUUCUUACCUACCCACCUUUCUUUCUUUCUUUCUUUCUUUCUUUCUUUCUUUCUUUCUUUCUACUCUCUCUCUCUCUGUCUCCAGUUUUUUUUAUUUUUCUCUCGUUUUCUUUCGUUUUGCUAACAUUUCUUUCUUUUCACUCUCUUUGUCUCAAAUCCUUUUAUUUCUCUCACGUUUUCUUUCUUUUUAGUCACUCUUCCUCAAGUUCUGUCCUUUUGUCUUUUUUCUUUCUUUCUUUCUUUCUUUCUUUCUUUCUUUCUUUCUUUCUUUCUCAUUCUCUUUUCCCCCUGAUAUAUUCUCUCCCCUUCGUUUGUUUUCACCUGCCGCCUGCCAGCUACUUUGUUGAUAGAUUUAGUUCCAUUUUUGUUUUUAAUAUAAACCUCUUUCCAUAUUUCUCUCUCUCUCUCUUCUUCACGCUCUUUCGCCCUAUCUUUCUCUUUUUCUCUCUCGUUUUCUCUAUUCAUUUCUUUCACCCACUCUUUCUCAUCCGCUCACUGCCAUGUUAG